CUCUGCGCGGCUAUAAGAAGGGCACUCCAGGCGAGGCCCGAUGUUCAGUCCGCCGGUCCCAGGUAGUAGGAGAGACCGGCUUAAAUUUGGAAGCGAUUAAUUACGCCCACCACCCCGUUCCCAUUCUAUCCCAUUGUAGUCGGCUCGAGUGCUCCUGUGGAUUGAUACUAACAUGGCUGUGACUGAAACCGCAAGUGACUUCACCUAUUCCAAAAUGAGAGGCAUCGUCGUAUUUCUAACUGCAUUUAUAAAGCAACGUAAAAUGGGCUUGAAUGACUUCAUACAGAAAUUGGUCUCUAACCCGCAGAUUUGCCAGCACCCUGAUGUUCGGGUUUUCUUACACAUUGACCAAAGCCAGCCAGAUGAGGCAGAUGCCUAUUGUAAUUCUAACAGAUCGAGCCUUGGUUCAGAAGAACUUGACCUUUCUACAACAUAUAGUGUGAAGCCUUCAGACUUUGACUACCUUCGAAUAAUUGGCAAAGGCAGCUUUGGAAAGGUACUUCUUGCCAAGCACAAAGAAACCGAAAAAUAUUUUGCAGUAAAAGUUUUGCAGAAGAAGAUGAUUCUGAAGAAGAAAGAGCAAAAACAUAUCAUGGCUGAACGCAGUGUCCUUUUGAAAAAUAUGAAGCACCCUUUCCUAGUAGGGCUUCACUAUUCCUUUCAAACUACAGACAAACUCUACUUUGUCCUGGACUAUGUGAAUGGUGGUGAGCUGUUCUAUCACCUUCAACGGGAACAUGUGUUCCUGGAACCCAGAGCAAGGUUUUAUGCUGCAGAGAUUGCCAGUGCUCUAGGCUACCUCCAUUCCCUGCAUAUUGUUUACAGAGACUUGAAACCUGAAAACAUUCUCCUGGACUCUCAGGGCCACGUAGUGCUGACGGAUUUUGGCUUGUGCAAAGAAGGAGUAGAACCAAAUGGAACCACUUCCACAUUUUGUGGUACCCCAGAGUAUUUGGCACCUGAAGUGUUACAGAAGCAAUCUUAUGAUCGAACAGUUGAUUGGUGGUGCCUAGGAUCUGUGCUGUAUGAAAUGCUGUAUGGAUUGCCCCCGUUUUACAGCCGGAACACAGCUGAAAUGUACAACAACAUCCUACACAAGCCACUUCAGCUUAAACCCAAUGUCUCAAACUCUGCCCAAGAACUCUUAAUAGGACUGCUCCAAAAAGACCGAAUGCAGCGACUGGGGGCAGAGAAUGACUUUAUGGAACUGAAGCUUCAUUCGUUCUUUUCACCAAUAAAUUGGGAUGACCUUGUAGCUAAGAAAAUCUCUCCUCCAUUUGUACCAACAGUGUUUGGACCAACUGAUCUUCAACACUUUGACCCAGAAUUUACCGAACAACCUGUUCCAACCUCAGUUGCAAGUUCACCUGAAGAUUUUCUGAUUACAGCCAGUGCUCGAGAGGCUGCUGAAGCUUUCCUUGGAUUCUCCUAUGUUCCUCCUGGAGAUGGUACCUACCUAUAAUAAAUGAGGUCAAGUGUAA